ACCUACUCGUCUGACAGUGGCUUCAUGCGGAGGUAAACAGACAUAUUCUUCGAAGUACAAUUUUCUUUACUCGAGUGUGAAAUCAAUUUUUUUCCGUUAUUGUAAUCGCGAAGUCAAUCAGGGUAGUAUCUUUGAUACAUUUAGUUAUUUAACGUUUGCAAAUUAGCGAUGCAUUCAUGUUUAUUAGCGACGUUAUCUGUUUUCUUUUGUGGGACUGACUUUGUGAUGAGUAAAUCACAGGGAGGAUCUCAAGAAAUUGUACAACCGCAAAGAAAAUUUAAGCUACCAACAAAGGAUGAAAUACUACUUUCUUCGGACACGUGGGAAAUAAAUCCGAAUUUGAAUUCAAUGUGGACGUAUCGGCCAGCACCAAUUCAGUCACAACCAGAAGAUAUGUUGCCACGGAGAGUUGUGUUAAAAACACCCCAUUCUUUGACGAGGCUCGCCAAAACGUUUGCGUUUGGAUUCGAACCCUUUUUUGAUAAGGACUUCUUUGAGCCAUUCGAAAGAAGACAAAGACCGGUAACUCUGAUAACUUUUAGAAGAAAUGGAUUAUUACCUAGAAUCAUCAAUAGGGUGGAGAGCACAACUAAUCCUGAAAACAAAAUCGCUGAACUCCAGUCACCGUUUAACGAAAUCGGUAGUUAUUGGCAAGAAGAUCCAACGUUUAUGAAUUUUUAAAAUCCACUCAUAUUACAUUAAGUUUUUUUACAAUGAUCUUUUUUCAAUAAUAAACGUGU